GUGGAAGAUAAAAGAGUUAAGACGGAAAGAGUGGGACAAAAGGUGAAGGCAAGAUGCUGCCGCUAAAGCUGGUACGCUCUCUUGUGUUUGGGGAAACCAUCAACAACAACCCUCUCCUUCUUCCCCAACAUCAAGACGACGACGACGACAAUGGCAGUCACAAACAAACGGGCGGCGGAGGAAGAAGCAGAAGCAGCAGCAAAUCGAGAACCCCAUUUCUCCUAUUCCUCCCAACCAAAGAGAUUGUCACUGACACUUACAGACUUGCCACCAUAGCCAGAGAUAUGGGCAUGGACUUGCAUCCAACCCCAUCUCUCUCCCACAUCAUUCUCUCCUUCCCGCCUCCGCCGCCGUCCUCCUCCUCAUCUCCCUCUACAGCAUCGCCGUCCUCAUUUCCAUCGUUUAGGUCCUCAUCGUCGCUGUCGUCAACGUCUUUACCCGACGACGCGGUUCCCCUCCCCUUCCCCUGUCUCUCCGCCGCCCCAAUUUCCCAUCUUCGCGCAUUUGUCAAGCUCUCCAAAGGCCUUUUCAAGCUGGUUUUUGUGCGCUCCGAUUGCAAACCCAGUGAGGCAAAUAACGUUGGCAGUCAAAGCAAUUGGAAUUGCAGCUCAAUGUCGCUGUUUUCGCGGCUCACCGGUGACAGAAUUGAUACAAUGGAAGGGUUUUCCCGGGCUUUAGCGGGACUGGGAUGGACCCUUUUCAAGACCAAGGAAAACCCAACAACGGAUUCGAGGGACAGGAGGGUUUUCGGUGGCAGACCGGUGUAUCUAUUUAGAAAGGUGGAUACAAACAGGGUUAGAGCUUGCGCGGUCGGGGAGUGUAGGAUUCGGGAGUUGAGGUUGCCCCCACUGGAUUUUAGGAAUGCCCCUUUGAGAAUUUUGCACUACAUUCUUCUUAUGACUGAUGAUAUCUUCUAUCUUGCAUAAACGAUAAAAAGGGAUGUUCAUGGCAGCUUGACCCUUCAUCUCUAUGAAGGGUUACCAAAAUUGACCCGUCUAUUCCUUCAAAGAUAUGAUUUUCUUCAAAGGUACCUAUUUAACUUUUCUUGAAUCAUCGGAAAAUAUGUUAUGGAGUUUUUUAUAAUUUUCCUUGCCAUUUGUAAUUAUGAAUUGGUGAGGGGUCACUGAAUUGAGUUGUUUAUUUUUCAAUUUUGUUUUAGUAAACCUCACCAUUUUUAAAUGAUAGUUGUGAUUGGGCGAGGUUUCAGUUAUAUGUAUUUAUCUUCUUGUAGACCUCACCAUUCGUAAACUACUUAUGCCAUCAUGUGGGUAUCAAAUUCUCUUGUUUCUGUUA